AUGUCCGUUACUGCUGAGCAGGGGGUGAACACAGAGACGCUGAAAACAGCUGGCGGUGCUACAGAGCAUGCUCCCAGCGCCCCACAGCCAGAAAGGGUACAGUACCACAUUCUGCCUGAAAUGACUGCACUUUGUCGGACAACAUGCUACCUGUAACAAGUGUUCUCUCGCAUGACUGAAAUGACUUUUACUUUUCAGUCAUAAUUGAAUGGUUCCCUGGAUAAGUAUGUUUCAUAUUGACUGUUAUAACUGUAUUUGCAGAACUCCCACUCUGGCCAGAGGCAGAUCACUGUGGAGGAGCUGUUUGGCAGUUCUCUACCCAAGGAGACCGGCCUGCUGCCAGCCAUGCCUACCCAGAAUUCCACAGACCCUGCUGCCCCGAGCCCCGCCAACUUUCUCCAGGCCCAGCACUACACCCCCUCCAUACCCUUCCAGCCCUUACUGGCCCCCCGCCUCACAGCAGCCCCAGGGGGCAACAACCGGCACCUGGCCCCUGGUCUGAUCCCCCUGAUGGAGGCCAGAGGUGGCGCCGGCCCAAGCUACACCCUCCACCCCAGCCCUGUGUUUCCCGGUGGACCUCCAGGGGAACCCCAGCACUCUGUGUCCCCGCUGUUGGUGGCUCCAUCUGGGGCUGAGGCUCGCGGUCCCCCCCCUGUCCCUCCAUUGGCCUACCUGGGGCAGGAUCUCCUGGGCUCACUGAAAUCCAGCCCCUCUGACCUCCACAAACCUGCCCUCGCACCCAACUUCCUGCCCAGCCCGCUGGCCACGCCCCAGAGCUUCAGAGAGCAAAUCCCCAAUCCUGCUGCCAUCUGUAGCAUUCCCACAGGCCCUGUGCAGGUAGCCAACUGCCUUUGCCCCUGUUUGUGAGAUGCAGACUUUGUGUAAUCUCUCAUUUCUUAAGGGCUCCCUUUCUUGUCUUUCUCAGCCACAGAGUAAAGAAAUGGAUGUGUUCGCUCAGUCUCAGAAACUGUUGAAAACCAUGCCAGUAAGUAUAAUUUUGCUAUCGUGAUGUAGAUGGCUUUGAUUGUACAGGCAUUUCUUUACAUAGUUGAAAUGAAAUCUUACCAUGUCCUCUUCUUUCCCUCUCUCUUUCUCUCGCCCAUCCAAGGCUGUUCCUAUGAAGGCAGGGCUUGUGAUACCGAGGGCGGGUACUUCACUUACAGCGGCGGAGCACUCCGUGCUGCUCUCACCGAGCGCCUUUCAGCAUUCUGUUGCCAAGACAACGGAACUGCAGAGGCAAGCUGCCCCUCCCUCCCCUCCACCUGGAGCCACAGGGGCCGUGGAGCCCCCCCAACCCUCCUGCAGUAGGACCCAGCUGCAGGACACACUCAUCCACCUCAUCAAGGUACAGAGAGAGCUGAAGCCUUUUUCUUGUGUGUGAAGCCUUGUGUUUGAUGCCUUUCGUCAGGUUCAGGGUUUUUCUACUGAAGAUUUCAACUUGCGGUUGUUGACAUUUAUGAAAUUCUCAUGAACAGCUUAUGAAUGUGUUGUGCAUGGGUUAUGAAUUGUGUUAUGAAGUCCUUCUGUACCCAAAUCUAAUACUUGAGAGAGAGAGAUCUGCAAUGAACUGAAGCAGUUGAAGUCUGGGAACUUGUUUGCUACUGUUAUACAAAAUGUCUGGAAGAUAAGUCCUCUCUCUCUCCUGUGUUUGUGCCCUGUGCAGAAUGACCCAGCGUUUCUCAGUGCCAUCCACGAGGCUUACCUCCAGAUUCUCUCCAAAGACCUGAGCAACGUCAAGCUAUAGCCUCAGUCCAGACCUGGGGCUGGGCCUGGACAUGUCAGGACAGGGGCACCAGCCAACCUAAACUACAGGUACUGAACCACUGGGUGGGAGCUGGGACUGCUUCUGCUGCCACGGGCUAUGUACAGACACUGGCUCUGUUCCUCUGGAGCAGCUAUGGGACUGCAGGAGGAGGACUGGAACCCAGGAGGCUCACUCAUAUGGCUCUGCUACCCUGUGUAGAGGAGAAGAUUAAAGGGAGGUGUUACGCUUGACAGUACUGUCAAAUCAUGGACCCACUCUAGAAGGAAGUAUUGUUCCUCUCUUCUGUGGAUGAGAACUAGACCAAACCCCUAGGGAGGGUAAACCCUAAACCCUCAUCUCUGUUGGGGUCAGGGGUUAGGGCUUGCUGUGCAAGCCAAGCUUCAUUCAACUCCACUUCCUUGUUCUGCCUCGGUAUAGCUGGGAUUCUCCACACACAUGCGCUCUGUUCUCCCCCCUCUCUCCUCUUUCUUAAUCUCUCAUGUUCCUUCUUUUUCUCUCUCUUUUUUCUGUCCUUCGCUCACCCCAUUCACCACCGCCAGCCUCUGUCACUAUGCCUGUUAAGGGACGUGUGCAAUAGAAUGCAAUGCCUUCUGGGAGAUUACUAAUUUUUUUUUAUAGAACCUGGCUUCUCCUGUGGAAGUGAUUCUUAAGUGUUUUUUUCCCAAGGGUUAAAACAGAGAAUUGUUGUAUUAAUUUAGGCCCUAUUCUGUGGGUUUUGCAGUAAAGGCUACUGCAGCACUCAACAUGAGCUAACUGCAUUCAACAGGGUCAUCUUGUUUAACACACAGUUAGUUUUCACUCCGCAGCCAACAGCUCAAAGGGACUAGCAUGUCAUGACAGCUCAGUGUGGAUGUAUUUGAUCUUGUAGGUCAGGCAGUUUGAAUGUGAUUGAUAAUGUCUCCCCUGUACACAUAUCUGACCUUGUGCCAUACUGCCAAUCUGUGUUCACAUUCUUUUAUUAUUUGAUCACGCACAGUAUGUAUUUCAGUUUGGCUGCAAUCAAUCACACAUUUGAUUCCGAUUGACAGAAUUAACGAAUGGUGGCGUUAAGCUAUAGACAUGGGAAGCAAUUGAGAACAUACUCUAAACAAAUAACUGAUCAACACAUUAUGUUGUCUAAGGAAUAUUUGUUUUUGACCUUGUCUCUUGAUUUAUUUCAGCCAUUAAGUAUAUGUAAGUUUCUUUGGGAGGUAAGAAGAGAACCUCUUACUUGAUGCACUUUGUUUUCACGUCAACAAAUGUCAGUAAAAAGCAUUUCAUGAGCAAUUUGUGACUCCUUUGGUUCCUCAAUACGUUUUUUUAUAUAACAUAGUAAUACAUGUUGAUUGAUAGGUGUGUUUUCAGACAGGAUAUCAAAGUGUACUUCCCUGUGUACAUAUUAUUUAGUCACAGGCUCAAUACUGGUGGAGAAAAGAGGUGAGGCCCAGAGAUAAAAAUACUUUUUAAAAACAGUAUGAUUUUUAAGAUUAUUACACUGCGUUAAAGUAUGCUUCUUAUUGAUCAGUGCCAGUUUAAUGAUGAGUUAACUUGUUGUUUGGAGUGUUAAGAGCAUCAUUCAUUUUUAAUUAGUUGUAUUCUAUGUCACUGUG